CAGCCUAGAUUUAGACAUCACUUAUUCGUUUUAAUAUUAGAAUAAAUUUUAUGUUAAUGACCUCUCGGUGUAAAUUUUAGUGGAUAAAUCGUUUUUAAACAUGUUUGACUGUAAUACGUUUAAUAGUUUUGACUGCGGCCCAUAUUACAAUGAAUGCCCUCCGACAAGUGCUUCACUUAUUACAGAGUUUCCGAAACAAACUGGGCCCUUUGUUGAGAAGAAGUUCUCAAAUUGUAUUCCCCCUACUUUUUUGCUUAAUAGAAAUGCCCCUAAAUCUAAGGUUAAAACGCGUAGCUGCAGUUGCUCUGCUAAAACUCCAAAAGUUUCGUUUAAUUGUAAAUGUAAAGACAAAGGAAUUUCAGACUGUAGGAAGAUUGAUAAGGAAUCCGGAAAAAGAGUUUGUAGCAAAUCCUGUGAUGCUAAGAGCGACAAUGUCUCUGAAGCCGAUGAUCAUCGAGUUCAAGAGAAGUCGAGCAGCGGAAAACGAGUUUAUUGGAAGACUGGGAAUGGUGAUGAACCUCAAGAGAAAUCUAGCAAGAAUAAAAGAGCUUAUAGGAAGACUGGGUACGGUAAGGAGCUUCAAGGCAAGUCUAGCAAUGAUAAUCAAGUCCAAGCGAAAUCGAGCAGUGGAACAAUACUUCCCGAAUCGAAUUCAAAUAACACUCUAGGAGUCUCAGGGGAUCCCCAGGCGCCUGAGGGUGUAUGGUCUGGCCCAGAUCCUGUAAUACCUGUGUACGAAUAUCGGGACGAAUUAAAUCCAAUGAACCAAGUAUUGGUCACAAAUGAGAUGCCCGUUUUGAAUGAAAUGCCUAGACCUCUCAACGAAAUGCCUGCUGCAGGGCUGCCCACUCGAAAGAAUCCUCAGUUUGAUCCAUGCACAGGCCAGGAACGCCAAGCUCCGUCCCAACAGCAGGCAGCAUACGCAGCGCCCUUUGACUAUAUGUAUCCAAAUUAUUGUCCAAUUCCGUCUAGUCCCUUGCCAUGUUGUCCCUGUCCAGCAGCUAUGAAUAUGUAUGCUCCAAUGCCAGGUUUUCAACAACCUGCCAACAUCAACGAGCCAGCGGAGAAUGCUGUUGAAUCAACGAAUUCAACUUCUGGAAGCACCUCAAGGGAGGGUGUAGAGAAAUCAACAGAUAAGCGCAACGCAUCAAAUCAAGAAUCUUCGACCCAGGAGAAGGAAAAGACAAAGAAUUCAAAGCGGGAGAAUAAUCGCGCAAUGAAAAUUGUUAAAUGUAAUGAAGUCAGUAAGGAUCUCAUCGAGCAGAUUUGCAAUUCGCUGCAGAUUUCGCGUCCACCGGUCGAUUGCUAUAUCGUGUUACCCAUUCCCAUGGCGGCCAGAAGCAAGACCAAGGCAAGCUCAAGUGAAUCCAAGAAAAGCUUUGACUACGACUCAACCAGCGCUGCUGAGAGUAAUGUCGCUCCUCCACCUGAAAGGAAAUCUGCGAACGCAGCUCCUCCUGCAAAGAUAAAAUGCAAGACACCAACACGUAAUUGUGGCUGCAAUACAACGAUCACUGGAAAAUUCGAUGAGAGCUCUGACAACUCGGAGGGUACGCCGGCUAGCAAGGACAAGGACAAAGGCAAGGACGACAACAACGGUGCUUGCUGCAGCACUGGCGGCUGCUAUUAUCGCCCACGCUACAAGUAUUGCUACAAUCCCUGCACAGGUUGCUUCUAUUGGCGCAAGCAAUGCUGUUGCUGCAAUGGCUGCUGUAGCAAUGGAGCCAGCGGAGGUGGCUCCUGUCCCAUCCAAAAACCAGCUGGCAAACCGGAUGCGAAGUCCGCAAAUUCUACACCUUCGUCAAGCAAGAAGAAAUCCGAUACCUCAAAGGAUUCAUCCAGAAUUUCGACACAGUCAAAGCGUUCCACAGCUGGAGCUCUGUCGGCAUUCCAGGCGGGCUCGCAGGAUAUGUACAAUCAAUGGAUGGGAUUCCAACAGCAACCCACAUCAAUGACACGGCCUCCAUUCUGCUACCGUUCUCCACGAUUUUUUCCGUCACAAUUCCAGAUGAACAGCCGAAGAUUCGUCUCGCAGUCCCAACUGAAUGGACAACAUCAAUCACCGGACAUUGAUUGGACGCCACAAUAGGGAUGAGCAACCAAACAAAAAAAAAGAUAAUCUCUCAUUGAAAUCGAACUUACAAAUUGGUUAGUGCAUUUGUUUGAAAAGUUGCAGCUAAAAAACUAGCGAUAGUUUCGAUAUCCCGUGCGCCAAUUAUCGCUACUAUCGAUAGUAGAAUUAACUCGAAUCAAAUCUUUUCAUUGUCUAUCCAAUCUAUCGAAAUUGUAAAUGAAAUACGAUCGUUCAUAACUAUA